CGCGACCCAAGACAAUAUUUGGAGCUUUUCAGAAGUCGCUUCGACUGAACUGUAAGGGAAUUUAACUAUUCAACAGUAGGGAUAUGGUUAAGACUCCCACGUUGGGAAAAUUCGACCCUACCUUCGGCUGUUAAGCGUUAUACCGGCCGCUUCAAACGUAUCCGUUCUCACCACGUGUUCCGGCAACAAUGAUCCAAAUUCGACCAGCGACAAAGAGCGAAAUCCCAACAGUCUCCAAUAUUGCCGCCACAGCUUUCUGGAACCAUCCUGAUGUAGUAAGGUACUAUCCCAAGCGCGGAAAACAUCCCCAAGCAUUUGUUCAUGGUUACGAACGUGUGUUGGAGGAACAUCUCUACAGCUCUGGCGCCCGUUUACUGAUUGCUAUCCAUGUUCCUGAUGGUCCCACAAAUGAAAACGCCUCCAAAUCAAUUGUGGGCUUUGCUGCGUGGCAGCGGUAUGGCGACAGCGAUUGCGCCGAGGAGUGGAAGAAACGCUCCUGGAGCACACGAUUAUUCUCGGCUUUGCUGACGGUGCGGAAUUUCGCCACAAUUGACCGAUCAUAUUUGGGACCCUUGCAAAGGUGGCAGCUACAUCGCAAAUCUACGGAGACGGAAGAAGAAAUUGGUGAUGUGCGAGUCAAGGAAACCGAGGAUCACUGGUGUCUUCAUGUUCUUGCCGUGCACCCUGAAUGGCAAGAUAAGGGAGUCGGAACUGCACUCCUAGAUUGGGGCGUGAAGGAAGCCAUGCGAGAGGAAGUCCCCCUCCUGCUCUGGGCAUCAGUGGUUGUAGAAGGGUUCUAUCGCGCCCAUGGAUUCACCCAUAUUAAAAAAGUAUCAAGGAAUGGAGAAGAUGUUGAUUACCUGAUGGCUAAACUAGCGACUAGAGUGGGUGAUGCAGGUGUUGAGGGCUACAAUGCUGUUGCUAAAGUUGAAAUCACAGAAGAUGAUAUAUCAACGAGGUGAGAGUAUUAGAAGGGCGUCUUCCAUGGAUCCUGUAUCUGACAACAUGUCACGGCAAUUGUGACAUGCCCAAGAGCUGAUAUUUGUGGUACUCUAGCACAUGGUCCUACGGUAGCUAAUGCUCUUGGUGCUGGCAAUGAUUUCGAAAGAUGUUGGCAGCACGAGAAACGUUGAGACACUGGAGAACUUAGGGGGUCCAGAGUACAGUUAGGGAGAAAGUAUAAGAACAAACCGUCAUCCGAACUAGACUCUAUGGAAGGUUGUCCAAGUUGCGUGGUAUCCAAGAUUCGCGGAGUGGGGUCUUCAAGGUAGGGUGUGCGUCGGGCAGCCAUUGUUUUCUACAUCAGGCUUUUCUAGCGAUGUCCUGAAGCUUGCGAAACCGCCCGAGUUAAAUGACGCCGCUGAAAAUGUGUGCCGAUGCGGUGUUUCACCAGAAAGUCCUCGCGGCGCGGGCGUGUACCAAGGAGGCUCUCUUCUUCGUUUUCUGCGUACCCUGGCGAUCAAGAGAACGAUCCUGGUGGCAAUUAAGAGAAUCCAAGAGGUUAUGAGAACCGCGCCCACUCCAAUGGCCAUAAUUUUCAUAGCUCCCAGGACGAUUUCAAGUAGAUACGCCGCACCAGAUGCCUGCCAAAGCCAGUAGGACAGUUCGCUGGCCCCCUUAGCCAAC